AUGAAUGUUUUUACUUAUGCCGGACUUCAAUCUUUCAAGAAAGAGAAGAUCAUCUUGGGAUACUCUGACUUUAAAGAUUUAGAUGAAGACACUGUCACUCAAGGGCCCGUAUUAUACCUUAUUGAAGAGAGUGAGGACAGUGAAGAUGAUGAACUCCUAAACGCUGGGAAAACACCUCAUUUACAGACUGAAGAUACUUUAAUGCAAAGAGACAAGAAUCGAUUGACCUGCAGUCAGUGUGGAAAGAGGCUGGCAAACAAAAGGAGUCUUAAUCAACACAUGAGGAUCCACACUGCAGAGAAACCAUUCACAUGUACUCAGUGUGGGAAGAGUUUCAGACACUCGUCAUCCUUUAAAGAACACAUGAUGAUCCACACUGGAGAGAAAACCCACAGAUGUGAUCAAUGUGGUAAAACAUUUUUGAGGGCGUCAGAGCUGAAACUCCAUCUCAGAGUUCAUACAAAGGAGAAGCCUUAUUCAUGCUCUGAGUGUGGAAAGAGUUUUACACAGCUGGCACAUUUAAGACUACAUCAGAAGAUCCACACUGGAGUGAGAGAGUAUGUGUGCUUUGAGUGUGAGAAGACCUUUAUCACAGCUACAGAACUGAAACUGCACCAGAGGAUUCACAUUGGAGAGAAACCAUACAAGUGUUCACACUGUGAUAAGAGAUUCAGUCUGUUAGGGAGCCUGAAUACACACCAGAGGAUUCACACUGGAGAGAAACCGUACAAAUGUGAUCAGUGUCUGGAGAGUUUCAAAUAUUAUUCUCAGCUUAAGAAACACAUGAAAAUCCACACUGGAGAAGAGCAUAGAAGAUCAUAG